AUGGCUGAAAACUCUAAGAUAAAAGAUUUAAAUUAUUACAUUGAUUGGUUAAAUUAUUCAAUUUCUGAGGAACAUAUCAGAUACUAUGAAUAUUCGGACUUUACAAAUAAACAACAAAUAGGGAAAGGUUCAUAUGGAACUGUUUUUUGCGUUAAUUGGAAAAAUUCUAAUCGUCUUUUUGCUUUAAAAUCUUUUAACAAUAGUGAAGAAACCCUUAAGGAAGUUGUAAAAGAGUUAAAAUUGCUUCGGAGGGUUGAUGACCAUGAAAAUAUUAUAAGUUUCUAUGGAAUUACGAAAUUGGAAAAUACGACUCAUCAAACAAAUAAUUACUCGCUAGUCCUAGAAUAUGCUAAUAAUGGUACACUAAAUACUUAUUUAAAUAAGCACUUCAAUGAACUUAAAUGGAGCGACAAAUAUCGUUUAGCAUUGCAAUUGGCAAGUGCCGUAGAAUUUCUACACGAAAAGGAUAUUAUUCAUCGUGAUCUGCACGCGAAUAAUAUACUUAUACAUCAAGAUAAUAUUAAAUUGGCAGACUUUGGGCUAUCAAAAAAAAUCGCUGAAGCAUCAAGUGAUACAUCAAAAAUUCUAGGCGUAAUACCCUAUGUAGAUCCAGAAAGUUUUAAUAAUCAAAGUCAAGAUUAUAAAUUAAAUAAAAAAUCUGAUGUAUAUAGUAUUGGAGUUUUAAUGUGGCAAAUUUCAAGUGGAUAUGAACCAUUUAAAGGUUUCGAUUAUAAUGCACGGUUAAUCUUAUUUAUCGUUAAUGGUAAAAGAGAAGAAAUGAUUGAUGAAACUCCUUUUGAAUAUAAUAAAUUAUAUACAGAAUGCUGGAAAUAUGAAUCAAGUGAACGUCCAAAUAUUCAGGAAGUUGUUUCAGCUCUUAAAGCAGUAAUUUAUCCAAACCAAAAUGAUACAAUUGUUUAUAAAAUUAAUGAAAAGAAAGAACCAGAAAAAUUUAAGUCAGUUUCAAACUUGAGCAAGAAAACUAUAGACAUAUACAAUGAUUUAAUAGAUGAUGAAUCAUUAAAUAUUAAUGAACAUGAAAGUGGAGCAAUAGCGGAAUCUGAAAAUAGUACAUCAACUGUGUCAAAUAAAGCAGGGCCAUCAAUAGAUAAUACAUAUCAAUCACUUCUCAAACCGGAAAAAGAAGAAUUUAUAAAUAACGUCAAUGAAAAGGAAAACUUGGAAAAAUAUAAGUCAACUUUGAAGUUAAGUAAGGGAACUAUAGAUAUAAGUGAUGAUUUAGUAAAUGACCUUGGAUCUUUAAAUAUUUUUGAAUAUGAAUACAAAAGUGGGAUAAAAGUGGAGUUUGAAAGUAGUUUAUCAAGUACGUCAAAUCAAGCAACAAAAUCAUCAACAGAAAACACGUGUAUUUAUAGAAACCAAUUACUUAUUAAGCUAGAAAAUGAAGGAUUUAUUACACCAGAUGAAAAAGUAAAAGAGCUUGUAAAGGAAUUGAUUGAACCAAAAUUUUUAUAUGCUCUAAAGUUACUUUUUGAAAAUUUACAGAAUAAAUUUUCAUCCCAGGUUUUGAUAAGUUCAUUAAAAGUGUUAGCAAAUCCUACUUUAUUUGAUUAUUAUUCAGAAGAAAAUGUGGUGAGAUUGGAAUUUCACUUACGAACCUGGAUAGCUGUUUUAGAGCGUAUACAAUUUUCAAAUCCAUCAAUAGUUCUUAGUAAAGAUCUUUUGGAAGAAGUGUGCAAUUCUUUAGCAAAAUUUACUGAAAUUUAUUAUAAAACAAUGCAAGUUAUUGAAGAUAAAAGACUAGGGUUGGAUCGGUCCUAG